CCAGGAAGCCUCGUUGCCUUCCCCGCCCGGGGCCAGGCGGAGCCAGCAGCGGGAGGAGGAGGAGCGGGUGAGAGGUCGGCCAGCUCCGGUCGCCCAUAGAGACAGAGGAGUCCCGAGUUGUGAGGGCGGCGGCGGCGGCGGCGGCGGCCGAAGGUGGGACGAGGACGGCGAGGGACGGACCCACCGACGAUUUGCUAAAGACCAAGUACAACAUUUGUGACAGAACAAGAAUUGGAAGCUAGAUUACCAGAUUCCUAGUCGGUGCUUUAAUAGGCAGACUGUUCCUGACCUUUGAAGUGCUUGAAAAAGCUUACUGAAAAUGUCUAGCAAAACGUCUGGCACAACAAACAACAUAGCUCAGGUCAGAAGAACUGUUCAGCAGCUGAGAAUAGAAGCAUCUAUAGAAAGAAUAAAGGUGUCCAAGGCAUCAGCAGACCUACUGUGCUAUUGUGAGGAACAUGCCAGGAAGGAUCCUUUACUAAUGGGCAUACCUGCUUCAGAAAACCCCUUCAAGGAUAAAAAGACCUGUACUAUCCUAUAGGCAAAGCAGCAAAAUGCCUUCAAGACCCUCCCCUGCAAAACCGACCAAGCAGAUUCUUAGAGAAGUAACCGAAGGUCUCCUGGUACCAACUCCAUAAAACAGCAACUCAUUUACAUAUAGUGUAUAAAUGAACAUUUAAGUUUUCUAAAAUGUUUCUUUCCUUUAUAGCACUCUAAGUGGGGAUGCAAGGUUUAUAAAGUUACUUCUUCUAAAAUGGGAUGGUUCUAAGAGCAUAGUUGGAAAUUGGAUUCUUUUGGCUUUUGAGGGGAUGAGAGAGUGUUGUGUUGGGGUGGGUUUUACUUUAAAGUGCAAUGAGUGUUCACAGUUCCAGGUGUUAGGCUGAACAGUCAAGACCAAAGUUGCCUGAGUUUCAUUUACAGAACAGUGAGGCAGACAAGCAUAGAAUCCUAAUCAAGGUUACUUUUACAUUUGAUUUUAUACAUGUGUAUAUCCUUGUCUGUGUAUUUGGUGUCUAUAUCUAGGUUGUGUACGUAUGUUUGUUUAGGUAUAUACACACAUUCCAAAGUGCAUUCUUUAAGUGCGCCUUCAGAGUUAAUUGCUGCAUUUAUCGAUAAACUCCUGCAGUUCAUGCCUUUACCAUCAAGUAUGUCUUAAGCUUUUCACAAUGACUUAAGAGAGCUUAUAAACAUAUUCCUAGUAUAAAUUUGUAUUCGCAAAAUGAUUUUGAAAGGUGAAGGUUAUAACUUUUGGUUUUGCCUUUCUCAUAGUUCCUUUGAAAUUUAGACAGUACUAAAUAGCACAUAGAUUCUGAAAAUGGCAUCUAAAAUUCCUCCUUCUUUUCCACUGGCCUUUAAGAGAGGAAUCUGCCCCUUACCUUUCCUACACAAUUCCUACUGAACCGAUUUUAGUAAGCAUCUCAGCUUUUCUUACUUUGCUCACCAAAGUCAUAUUUCACAAAUGCCAAACACUAUCUAAAGAGGAGUGGGAGACUGGUUGCAAUCCAUGGUGCUAUUGCUUCUGCACAAGGCCUAGUGAAAGUAACGGUUGUGUUGGAGAAAUGCUUGAAGGAUUGCAGCAAUGCUCAGCAGCAAAUCUCUGAGCAAUAUAAACUUUAUUAAAAUAAUUGUGUAUACUUCAUGUGUUGAUGAAGUAUUGAAUGGAAAGAAAUAUUGACUUCUUUUAAGCCACAGAUUUGUAUAUAUAUUCCAUUUGUUGCCAGCCCUUUAAUAUUUUUAAUUUUGUAGUCUGCCAUAGGUGUGUUUCUACAGAAUUUGUUAAGUCUCUGGAGUUUUGUCCAGCAAGGAACAUACUGUGGUUGGUCCAGAUGCAUGACUAGAUGGCCUUAACAGUAUACUAGUAGAGAAGCCAACCCAUAGUGUAUCUACCAAAAGUAUCCAUUUUCAGAGCAUCCAUCUUCAGCCAGCCUAAAGAAAAACCUCCCUUGUCGAGAAGAGGUAGUUUUCUUCUUCUCAGUUAACUGCAGCCAUAUCUGCUCCAUGACAGGUAAAAUAAACCAACAGAAAUCUCACACACCUAGUUUCACUGUGACUACACUGAGAAGUUGGUUGCAGAACCAACAAAUCAAGGUCCCUGCCCCGCUCACUGGUUUUUUGCACUGUACUAGCCUGAAACUACAGAAUCAAGCUCUUGCAGAUUUCAGUCUUAAUGCUGCAUAAUUCAGGUUAAAGCCUUGAAUGAUGGCAGUAUAAAAAAUGUUCAUAGUCUUACUGCUUGUUUCUUUUUACGGUUAGAAUAUUUUUCUAAAGGCAGGUUUAGAAAUGAUAAGCGAUAAAUAUUCACAGUGAUGUUGCUCACCAUACUUCAACCUGCCCUCUCAUAAUGAAUAUUAUUAUGAAUUAUUAACAAUAUUAAUUAAUUUGAGGGCAAAUAUCCAUAUCCUUAGAGCCAUUUUGUUAGGUCUGAAACAGAGCAUUUAUAACAAGAGAUGUUUCUUCUCUGAUAAUCGAGUCCUAUGAACAUGCUUCCAAAUGAAUAUACUUAGGAUCAGUCUCUGAAAUAACUGCCUUUGUAUCUCAGUUGGUUUAUGCUAAGAUAUUGGGCAGCUGCUGAUUUGUGAGAGACACAAAUCUGCUUUUCUAAAGGCUGAGAACAACAUGGGUUGAUUUGCAUUUUCUGUAGGUUUGUAAGCGUUCAAUCAGUCUUGUCAGUAGUUCAACAUUUGCCUAGAUCAUGAUGUACCACAUAUGGAAAUCUUUGAAAAGUGUAUUGAAUCUGGAUGCAGUGACUCAAAAUCUAGAUACCUGUUGAAACACUCAUAGAGUUAAUGCAGCAAGUAAAAGUCAUUGGAAAAGUCUACAUGUGUUCGCUCUACCAAUUAAAAAAUGACUGCUUCACGUGACCAUAAGUGCUGCUCUAGUGGGACACGAAAAGCACAGAAGCUGUGUUCAAGCUAACAAGUGAUGGGGAUAUUGUACCUCUCUGGCAAUGGAAUUGGCACUCAUCCCGGUAAGCCUCUCAGUGAGGAGAACCUGUGUGGGCAGAGCUGCCAAGGGACGGCUGCCUUGGCUUGGGUUUAUGUCUAAAGCUAGCCCCAAAUCCCUGGUGCCCGGUUGCCUGAGUGACUAAAAACAUGAUGCUAGCUCCUAAAAAGCUGAAGUUGAGCCUAGGAAUUUGUACUCUUCCUUUCCCACCCCCAGCCCCACCCCCCACAACCAUCAAGCCCUCGUAGAUUAUAUCCAUAUAUCUAUGUUUUUCAGGAACUUUAUCCUUUCUAGAGCGCUUUCCUAAUCAAAUUAAUGCAUUUUUUUAAAAAAAACACUAGUUCUUGAUGCACGAAUUAGUUUGGUACUUACUUAUAAAAAGGAAUAUGUUAUUUCAGUGAUUGCAGUCAUUUUUUUUUCAAUUACUGAAUUAAAAUAUAAACUUGGAAGCAAACAAAGCGUUUAAAAUAUUGUACACAAUACAGUGUUACCAGCAAAUGCUGCUGUGGAUGCUUUAAUGUAGAAUAAUUUGGACACAUUCUAUUGUCAUUCCCCCUCUUCACAUGAGGUUAGUGGGUCAUUUUCUUAAACCUUAAAAUCAGGAUACAGCUGACUGACCUAGUACAGCUUUUGCCUAUUUAAAAUAUAGUAAAUAAUUGGGUAAUGAAAUAUGUAAAACUUAGACAUUACAUAAGCAUUGCAUGUCUAUUGUCAAAGCCAGUGUUAAGAUGUGGUGACCUAGGCAGCUGAAAAGGGAAUUUCAGGACAGAAAGAAAGGUUGUCCAAGGAGGUUGCAUUGCAGCUGACCAACACCAUUCCUCUUUUCAGAUCUUCUCUUCCUCGUUUCCCACCUCUGGUCCCACAUUUUGCUGUAGCGGCCCCCUAGAUACUGGGCCUGUUUUCUUGGGGUGGGAGGUAUGUUAUUUUUAUAACCAAUGCUAUUAUAACCUAAGUGUAUUUUUAAAAUAUUGUUCAUGUGUUCAAUAUCUUCAUGUGUGUUGCAGCACCAGGACAAAAUGGGUUGGAUCCAAAGGUGCCCUUCUGCAUGUGGCAGAAGGUGUCUUCUGCUCACCGAAGGACUGUUUUAUACCUCAUGUUAGAGAGUUGCCCACGAAAAGUAAAACUAAGACUGCAAUCCUAUGCACACUUACCUGGGAGUAAGUCCCAUUGAACACAAUGGGCCUUAAUUCUGAAUAAUGUUUAGGAUUGCACUGUGAAGUUGCAAUCCUAAAUGCACUUACUGGGGAGUAAGCACCACUGAACUGAGCAUAGUGGGAAUUGCUUCUGAAUAAAUGUAUAGGAUUGCACAGCAUAUCCAAAGAUGAUUUUCUGUUAUGUAAGAGAAAGCCUGAGAACUGCUAAAGAACUUACCUAUUAGAGCACUCUGUGAACAAUUCUGCUAGCGGUUGCAGAACAACAGUGCUCAUGGUGCUUUGGAUCCAAACCAAUAUUUUCACCAGCAGUGCUUUAGAUCUUUAUUACACAUAGGUAUUUUACUACCUUUAUUACACAUAGGUAUUAAUUGAAAGGGGAGUAUUAAAAAUGUCAUGUUAUAAACUGCAGGGACGUAAUGUUAACCAAGUAAAACUUGUGCCAACUUUGUUUUCAGAAAUGCCUUUUGACUUUCACUCUAAAAUCACAUAGGUUGAAACCCUGGCCCCUAUUCAGUUUCUUCCUUGACUUAAGUCACAGCAACUGUAAAUUUAACACCAAAAGACAACUAACUGCUUUGGGUCACUUCUGUCAGAUGUUCGGUAAUUGCGAGAGGCAUUGCCACUUUUUUCCAGCCUUCCAUAAUGUACUGUCAUCUUGAAGAGUUAAAACAUGCACACGUUGCUCUUUUUGUGAAAGCAGACUUUGUGGUGAUAGUAUAAUCAUAGAGUGAAGUAUAGAGAAUGUUGCCUUCGUAUGCACCUCUGCUUCUCAUUCUCCAUUCAUUUCACUGGGAUUUGAAUGGAAGUUCUGCGGCAAUAGCACUUAGAUAAUUGCAUCCAAUAGCAUUGAAUGUGGAAAAUUGAACCAUCCAAAAUAAUAACUGCGAGAUCACUGUGAGGUUUUGAAAUUAUGAUACUUAACUAGAGUUUUCAGCAAACUGUACCACUACAAUGCGUCUUGGUGCUUUGAUUAGAAAUGCCUCAGUAGUAAGAUAAUACUUCAGAAAAUGUUUCGUAUUUUCUUUUUUGUCCUUUUUUUAAAACUGUAAUCUGCUUAUUUCUUACAGGCACACUUUUUCUCUGGGCUUUUCUUUGAAUUGCUUUUGCAAAAUAUUGUUUUGUAUUAUUGUAAUCCUAGAUCAACAAGAAUAAUACCAUGAUUUGCCUUUGGGGGGGGAAAAGGAUAUGUGAAAUUAUUUUAAUCACGCUAACUUGUUUUUGCCUUUCAUAAGCAAUCAGUCUCUAAUAAGAUUGCAUACAUUGUGCAUUUGCAUACAUUGUGAUAUUUUAUUGAAAGAUGGCUUCCUGUAGCCAUGAGAGGGGUUAAAAAACCUGUAAUUAAGAUUCCUGUUCACAGCUAAUAUAUUUAGUACCAUGGAUAUGAAACACAAUAAUUAAAUAUCAUUUCUUUUCAUUGUA